AGAGCAGACACCAUCUGACUUCUGACCCAGUGCGCGUGCAGCCCCAAGCAGCGAUGAUCGACACUGGCUUUUGAUCCCCUGGUGGCAGAGUGGACCAGCCUGGAACACCAUGGCGUUGAAUUUGUUCAUUUGUUCAUGACAGAUGAUUCAUGACAGAAAGCAGGGAUGUUCAAAACCCAUGUGUGGACCAUCAGGAAAAAUAAUGAUGCCUGCUAGAGUGGAUUCUGUCAAGAUGAAGCAUCAACAAAAAAAUCUACACCUUGCAAGAUGGGCCAAACAGCAUGACUUCUGUAUUUAAACAACACUUAUGAUUAAGUGUUAUGAAGCAUGAAUUACAGGGUUCAAACUGGGGAACUCUGGGACAAGUUUUUGCUACCUCAGUCACAAGAGUACCCACUUCAGAGAGAAAUCAUCUGCAAUAUACAUGGAACAGCAGACAUCUCCCCUGAUGGCAGGAUCAUUCCAGCUACCGUAGGCGUCCACGUGGACACGUACAGAUCAGCUUUACAGAAUUUUUGGAUCCAUUCCAGCGGGUUAUCCAGCCAGAAGAGAUCUGGCUCUAUAAAAAUCCCUUGGUGCAAUCAGACAACAUACCUACGCGUCUUAUGUUUGCAAUUUCCUUCCUUACGCCACUAGCAGUCAUUUUUGUGGUGAAAAUAAUCCGGCGAACAGACAAGACUGAAAUUAAAGAGGCUUUCUUAGCCGUUUCCCUGGCUCUAGCUCUGAAUGGAGUCUGCACAAACACUAUUAAAUUAAUAGUGGGAAGACCGCGUCCCGAUUUCUUUUACCGCUGCUUUCCAGAUGGAGUAAUGAACUCUGAAAUGCACUGCACAGGUGAUCCAGAUUUGGUGUCUGAAGGCAGAAAAAGUUUUCCGAGUAUCCAUUCUUCCUUUGCAUUUUCAGGCCUUGGCUUUACCACCUUCUACUUAGCUGGAAAGUUGCAUUGCUUCACUGAAAAUGGCCGAGGGAAGAGCUGGCGGCUUUGUGCAGCAAUUCUGCCUCUCUAUUGUGCCAUGAUGAUUGCCCUGUCACGUAUGUGUGAUUACAAACAUCACUGGCAAGAUGCUUUCGCUGGAGGGAUCAUUGGCCUCAUUUUUGCUUAUAUUUGCUACAGACAACACUACCCUCCUUUGGGUAAUACAGCUUGUCAUAAAUCUUAUGUCAGCCUACUAGAUCAGAAUUCAAUGAAGAAGGAAGAGAGACCUACAGCAGAUAAUGCUACUGGCCUGCCUCUAGAGGGGAUAACCGAAGGACCUGUAUGACUUUGAGAAAUGUGCAGAAUGAACUUUUAGCCUUCUCACAUUUCCUCCAAACCAGUCACUUAACAUGGUGUUCCUACUAUAUAUUUGGUCUGUGCUUUUUUCUUUUUUUCUUUCCUUUUUAAAAACAGAAAUGAAAUGUUUUAUUUUUAAUGCUAUAACAUCCUCAUACUUUUGAAGUGAAAUUUGCAGUUCAUAUUGACUUGCUGAAUUGUCUGUUUUCAGUUCACUGCAAAAAGAUGGAUCAUCUGGGGGGAGGGGAAAGAACAUUAAGAAAAAAUCCCAUUUGGAGUUGGUUAAGAGAAUUUUUAGGAGGAUAUGGUUUGAAGAUAUAGUAGAUCUGGAAGCAGAUUUUCUGAAGUACUGAGUAUCUCCUAGAAAGUUCUGGUUGUCUUCAGCACUCAUUGAUUUUGAUAUGUGGUGAGUACAUACAACACUUUUCAUCACGUGUUCAGCAUCUGUUGUAACUAGCCAUUUCUUUUUGUAAUUUGAUAAGUAAGGGCAUCAUCUUUAUGUUUAUCUUGUUGUCUUCUAACAUAAUAAAUCUGCACAUGCUCUGAGAACUUUGUGUUAAUCAUCAAGUUUUGGCAGGAUUGUUCUGAGCUACUAAUGACCAAGCAGCUGAAAGAUAUCAAGGCUUAAGAGUUUGUAGCAGCCAAGCCUAGUCACAUUAGUAGUUCCACAGGAUGAUGCUGACAUUCAAGAAAUUCCAAACUGUUAAAAUUACCAGUUUGCAAUAACAUAUGUUUCUAGGAUGGCUUAGAAACUUGGUAUUAGAUUGUUAGCAAUUUUUUGAGAGCUCUUGCAGUAAUUCCCAUCAAAAGAAAAUGAAACUAAACAACACCCAUGACGUACAACAAGCUGAAGUCUUUAAAACAAAUAAACAAAAAAUCCUAAAAAUGUUAAGAUGAAGAAACACAAUGCUUUCUGUGACUCUCAGUGUACCAUGUUCAUCCUUGUGUAGUGACUCACUGCAGCAUUGGUGAUCUUACGAAAUGCAAAGAUUUUCAUUUGUGACUUUGAGCGCACAGCCAUGAAUGCUUAUGGUAUUUUACAGCACUGCUGUAACAUUUCCAGAGGAAUGCUGGAAACAGUGUUCCAUUAGACCCAUCCCACAUUUUCAACACAUCUUCUUGAGCAUGGUUUUUGCAAAAGUUAGCUUGGGACCUGUGCUGGAACUCGCCUGAGUCAAAACACAAUUGGUAUGAAGAAGAUUACUAAGUGUACAAUCUACUUUAGUUAAUUUAUUAUUGUUAGGAUCCUGCUACGUAUGCACUAUGCAGUAUACAUCACAUUCCUGUGAAAUGAUGUAGCUUUGGAUGGCAGAAUGUCAAAUUCCAUAAUUUCUUUUCUUGGGUAUCUUAUGAAAGUUCAGGUUAUUGUUCUAGACCACAUCUUGACAGCUGAAUAGUUUUUGGGUGGAGCUGCUGAUUAAAAUAAUCAAGACAAAGUUGAUCAAUAACCAUUAUUAUGGUGCUUUAGACUGGAGGAGACUGCUGCCAUAGUUAUAGUUUAUGUUGGAAUAUGUAUUGGCCUUGCAGGCAUCUUGUGAUUCAAAUAGCUCACUGUCUUUGUUUGUCAUGUACCUUUAUCAAAGGUAAGCUGUGUAGAUUUUUUUGAAAAGAGCUACUUCCUGAUUGGCAACGCUUGAAUUCUUAUAGAAAGUAAGUAAAUUAGGAACCCUUUAAGAAUCAACUGAAAUAAUUGUGUAUAAGAGAAUGCAGCCAUACUAUGUGUAAAUAGUUAUGAUAUUUGGAAAUAACAGUAAAUAGGAAAUGACAUUAAGGAACAGAAUGUAGCAGAAACGAACCCGGUAGGGUUGUAUAGAAAUUAGGCCUAAUCUACACAUAAAAUUGAUACCAGUUUGACUAUGUCAGUUAGAAGUAAGAUUUUUUAUUGACGUAAUUAAAGUGUUCUGAGCUCUAAAACAGAGUCAGUUUCCCAGACAUAAUUGUGUUUUUGCUGGUGUACACCUGCUAGUUUAUGAAGCUGGCAUAAGCAAAGCAAAGUUAUCCUGGCAUUGCAUUUGCACUGCAUUGGACAGAACAUUUCUCUGGUGUUAUUGAAGUCUAGAUUCUAGAAGUCCACGCACUUUAGUGGAGGUUUAAUCUUUCUGUAAAGUUUUUAAACCAUCCUACAGAAUUCUGUAACAGGGAUAUCAUUUUCUAUUACUUCGUUUGGGAGGCUAAAAAAAAAAGCCCUAGGGUAAGGGUAUCAUGUCUUUACACUGUGUAGGGCUUUGCCAUUAGCUUUUUAUUUUUAGGAACCCUAGUCUUCCAAGUGAUAUGCAAAUGUCAAAAAAUCUUAAAUCAAAAUUAGAAGUUUAUUACUGAUGCGUAGUGCAUUUUGCAUGUUUUUAUAUAGAUCUGGAUUAUUCUCAAAAAUGAGUGAGGCCUCCUGACUGUGCUGUAUACAUUUCCUGGAUUUUAAUGGCUUUUGAUACAAAUAAGCUAUCUUCUUUGGGAUGGGAAAUGCUUUGGCAGCCCUUAAAUGAGCAUUGGCUGUUAAAAGAUUGGAAUAUGAAAUGUAAUGCAGCAUAAACAGUUAUACUGCAAGAUGAAUUGGUGAACUUUGCAAAAAAGUAAAGAAUAACACAUUUUAAUGGGAAUAAUUAAAUUGAAAGUCAUAAAAUAGACUGUAUAAAUCUUUGAUUAAAAUGUAAUUAAAAUUGUGAAAGACAUAAUGAAGUGAAA